CAGGAGCUCACCCCCUGCCUGGCUCCCGUGCCACCAUGGCCCGGGAAGCCGGGCCCACUGCCCCCAGGGCCAGAAAGGGCUGGGUGUUCUUUGCCUGUGUCUCUGUGGUGACAGCCAGGCGCAGGGCCACCGCCCACCGCACCACUCUCCAAAGCCCCACACGUUGGCCGGCACCUGUGCCAGCAGCAGCCACUGAGAGCUGCACGCAGGAGAUCGGUGAGGAGCUGCUCAACGGUGUCAUCUACUCCAUCUCCCUGCGGAAGGUGCAGGCCCAGCCCGGGGCCAACAAAGGCCAGCGCUGGCUUGGGUGUGAAAACGAGUCUGCCCUGAGCCUGUAUGAGACCUGCAAGGUGCGGACGGUGAAGGCAGGCACGCUGGAGAAGCUGGUGGAACACCUGGUGCCCGCCUUCCAGGGCAGUGACCUCUCCUACGUCACCAUCUUCCUAUGCACCUACCGGGCCUUCACCACCACCCAGCAGGUCCUGGACCUUCUGUUCAAACGCAGGUACGGUAGACGUGACGCCCUCACGGCCUCCUCUAGAUAUGGAUGUAUCCUCCCUUACUCUGACAAGGACGGCGGCCCCCAGGACCAAUUAAAAAAUGCCAUCUCCUCCAUUCUGGGCACCUGGCUGGACCAGUACUCGGAGGACUUCUGUCAGCCCCCAGACUUUCCCUGCCUCAAGCAGCUGGUGGCCUACGUGCAGCUCAACAUGCCCGGCUCUGACCUGGAGCGCCGUGCCCACCUUCUGCUGGCCCAGCUGGAGCGUGCAGAGCCCGCGCAGGCGGAGCCUGAGGCUCUGUCCCCUGCUCCAGCUCCAGCACCAGUUCCAGAAACAGCUCCAGAACUAGAGCCAGCUUUAGCACCAACUCUCCUGCCUACUCCGGAGCCAGACGCUGCUCCAGCACGAACUCUAGAGCCAGACGCAGCUCCGGCUCCUGCUCUAGAACCAGAUGUGGCUCUGGCUCCGGCUCCGGCUCCGGCUCCCACUCCAGAGCCAGAUGCAGCUCCAGCUCCUGCUCUAGAACCAGACGCAGCUCCGGCUCCCACUCUAGAAGCAGACGCGGCUCUGGCUCCCGCUCCAGAACCCGAGCCAUCUCUGUCUCAAACUCUAGAGCCAGAGACAGCUCCAGCGCCCGAGCCUCCCUGGCCUUCAGCUGUGGCUGCAGAAAAUGGGCUGAAUGAGAAGCCUCACCUCUUGGCCUUCCCUCCCGACCUGGUGGCAGAGCAGUUUACCCUAAUGGAUGCAGAGCUGUUCAAGAAGGUGGUGCCCUACCACUGCCUGGGCUCCAUCUGGUCCCAGCGAGACAAGAAGGGCAAGGAGCACCUGGCUCCCUCCGUCCGUGCCACCGUCGCCCAGUUCAACAGCGUGGCCAACUGCGUCAUCACCACCUGCCUGGGGGACCGGAGUGUGACGGCCCGGGGCAGGGCCCGGGUGGUGGAGCACUGGAUCGAGGUGGCCAGGGAGUGCCGUGUCCUCAAGAAUUUCUCGUCACUCUACGCCAUCCUGUCCGCCCUGCAGAGCAACUCCAUCCACCGGCUGAAGAAGACGUGGGAAGAAGUUUCCAGGGAAAGCUUCCGAAUCUUCCAGAAGCUGUCAGAAAUCUUCUCCGAUGAGAACAACUACUCGCUGAGCAGAGAGCUGCUCAUCAAGGAGGGGACCUCCAAGUUUGCCACCCUGGAGAUGAACCCCAAGAGAGCACAGAAGCGGCCGAAGGAGAUGGGUGUCAUCCAGGGCACCGUUCCCUACCUGGGCACGUUCCUCACAGACCUGGUGAUGCUGGACACCGCAAUGAAGGACUAUCUGUAUGGGAGACUGAUCAACUUCGAGAAGAGGAGGAAGGAAUUCGAAGUGAUCGCCCAGAUCAAGCUGCUCCAGUCGGCGUGUAACAGUUACAGCAUCGUGCCUGAGGAGCACUUCCGGGCCUGGUUCCGGGCCACGGAGCGGCUCAGCGAGACGGAGAGCUACAACCUGUCGUGUGAGCUGGAACCCCCCUCCGAGUCGGCCAGCAACACCCUCAAGGCCAAGAAGAACGCGGCCAUCGUCAAGCGCUGGAGCGACCGCCAGGCCCCCAGCGGGGAGCUCGGUACCAGCGGCAGCUCCCACUCCAAGUCCUGCGACCAGCUCAGGUGCGGCCCCUACCUCAGCAGCGGGGACAUUGCCGACGCCCUCAGCGUCCACUCGGCGGGCUCGUCCAGCUCCGACGUGGAGGAGAUCAACAUGAGCUUUGUCCCGGAGUCCCCCGACGGUCAGGAAAGAAAGUUCUGGGAGUCGACCUCCCAGUCGUCCCCGGAGACCUCUGGCGUCAGCUCGGCCUCCAGCAGCACGUCCUCCUCCUCGGCCUCCACCACGCCCGUGGCCGCCGCGCGCACCCACAAGCGCUCCGUGUCCGGGGUGUGCGGCUGCAGCUCCUCGCUGCCGCUCUACAACCAGCAGGUGGGCGACUGCUGCAUCAUCCGCGUCAGCCUGGACGUGGACAACGGCAACUUGUACAAGAGCAUCCUGGUAACCAGCCAAGAUAAGGCUCCAGCCGUCAUCCGCAAGGCCAUGGACAAACACAACCUGGACGAGGACGAGCCGGACGACUAUGAGCUAGUGCAGGUUAUCUCCGACGAUCGGAAGCUGAAGAUCCCUGACAACGCCAACGUGUUCUACGCCAUGAACUCAACGGCCAACUAUGACUUUGUCCUCAAGAAACGGACCUUCACAAAGGGAGCAAAGGUCAGGCACGGCACCAGCUCGACUCUGCCUCGCAUGAAGCAGAAGGGACUCAAGAUUGCCAAGGGCAUCUUCUAGGUAGUCCCCGGCACUGGCCAGCCACGGGACCACUCUGUCGGGCGCUGGCCGGCUGGGUGACUAAGCACCUAGAGACUCCAGUGGCCCAGGCCGGGCGGACACCUUCUGCCUGACCUGCCAGCUCAGGCCACCCCCAGACUCCAGGUUCACCCUGAACCUCCCCGGCUGCCGGGAUUGACGCCAGCUGUUUGCUCGGCUGACCUGGCCUCCCGUGGACCACUCGCUGCCGUAGGUGCCUUCAGCUCUCUGGAACCAGAAGACUAGCUGACUUUUGCCAAGGAGCACUGCCGACGGCCAUGGCACCCCGCCUGCCGCCCGGCUCCGCCCUCUGUGCACUUCCCCCGCACCUGCUCGGGUGUGGGUCACUGCCACCUGUGCCCAGGGGCACCCCAGGGCACCCACUCAUCCACUGGGUCUGACCACUGCACUUCUCUCCUCAUGCCCAUGGGCACUGGCCCAUGCCCUUCUCGGGUCCUGGGCCCUCUUUCCACCAGGCUAGCCUUUCCCAGGCUGCACCAAAGAUACCACCAUCAGGGCCAACAGAGCGAGGGAGUCUCUCCCACCCCCGGCCCAGCCCUCCCCCAGGAGAGGAGGGCGGGGAGCCUUUCCACAGAUCACACUCCUCACCCGGUGUGCGGGGACGGUCUCCGCUGA